UAUUCCACUCAGAAACCAGUAGAUUAGAAACUGCCAGUCUGUGCUGUAGAUUCCGUUAACAUAUGCAUGCAUAAAAACAUACCAUUUGCCAGGCUGUAUUAAUAUCUUGUUCAUAUUUAUGAGGAUAAGAUUCGUUUGAUCUAGAUUGAUCCCUAAAAUAAAAUCGACUAUCCUAAAGCAAGUCUAUAAUCGGGGCCGGUAUCUAACAUUCUUAUCUAGCAGAUCAUCAUGUAUGGAAGGCAGUUGUUAGUGUUCCUAAGUCUUGUUUCCUGUGGAUCAUGUUUUCUCACCCACCACACUUUUAGCUUCCAGAAUUGUGGUGAUAACAACACAGAUUACAUACAUGUCACAAACUUUGACAUUCUUCCUAAGCCAAUAACUGUUCCGGGAAUAUUGAACGUGACCAUCACAGGGGAUGUUAGGAAAUCCUUAGGAAAUGAUUCCAGACUCAACGUUACCAUUGAGAAAAAGUUACUGGGUCGAUGGACCAAAGUUCCCUGCGUCAGUAGUGUCGGAUCUUGUAUCUACGAUAACCCUUGUGAAUUUGUACAAGUAUUUGCCGCCAAAGGUGGAAAGUGUCCAGAUGCAUUCGUUAAUAAUGGCAUCCCGUGUACGUGCCCGUUCAACCCAAGUCAGUUGAGCAUGCCGUACUCCAUCUUCAACAUUUCCUCUAUCCGAGAUUCCUUUCAGUGGCUGGUUGAUGGAGAUUUCAGAUUCACUGUAAACGUUCUGAAGGACACCCAGAACGUUGGCUGUUUCACCACUACCAUGACUAUGAAGAGGAGUGACCAUCACCAUAGCGGGUUCCUAUUCAGCUAAAUUCUAUCAGGAUACUGGCAACUUUACUAUUAUUGCUACAUUAUGCAUUGUUAUUUAAAAUUUAUGAUUAAACGGAGUUUCCUACCAUGGAAAACUCUUUUGAAGAAUUAAAUGUAAAUGUUUGGUAGCAUAUAUCCUUAAAUCAUAGUAUAGUCAAAUAAACAUAUUUCUCGUAAAUAA